AUGAAGGAAAAGCGUUCGGUGCUCUGCUAUACUGCGUUCGUGCGUUCUAGGAUAGGAGCAUUCCUUUGUCUCAUCUUUGUACUACCAAACAUCAUGAACUGCACAGAUAACGAAUGUCCUGACACGAUGCCUCGAAGGAACAAGUGGAUGCAUCUCGUCGCUGGAGUUGCCGCGGGGAUUACCUUUGGCAUCUUUCUCAAGUUGUGCUUGAGACCUUCCUCCAGGACAUCUAUACAAUCUUGUCCGGAGGCGGCGAGGUCCCGCGCGGGACCCGAUCCUCUCGCCUUGAUAGACUUGCGGCCAGAUGAAACAGUGGAAAAUUCAAAUAGGACAUUAGUGUUCGUCGGUGUUAUGACUGCAGAACAGUACCUGGACACGCGAGCUAAGGCCGUCUACGAGACCUGGGGCCAAGACUUGCCCGGUCGGAUCGCUUUCUUUAGCUCUGAAGUGUCACGAGCGCCUGGUUUGCCUCUGGUUCCAUUGCGUGGCGUCGACGACAGUUAUCCUCCGCAAAAGAAAUCCUUCCUCAUGUUGCUUUACAUGUACGAGAAGUACGGAGAUAAAUUCGAGUGGUUCAUGCGUGCCGAUGAUGACGUUUAUGUUAGAGGUGAUAAGUUGGGAGAGUUUUUGCGUUCGGUGGACAGUCGGAAGCCUCAGUUCAUAGGGCAGGCUGGACGCGGGACUACUGCAGAAAGGGACGCGUUGGCAUUGGAUUAUAAUGAGAACUUUUGUAUGGGCGGUCCUGGAGUGUUGUUCUCACGAGAAACUUUAAGGAGGGUUGCGCCCCACGUGAAGUACUGCUUGAAGCACUUAUAUACUACCCAUGAAGAUGUGGAGUUGGGGAGAUGCGUCGCCAAGUUUGCUGGCGUAUCCUGCACGUGGAGUUAUGAUAAUACAGUUUAG